AUGCGCCAGCUCCCCGCCGAAAAGAAACUUCAAAACCCUGGCCGCGAUGGCACGGGUCUCCAAGGCACACAGUUCUAUUGCGCUCGCUCGUCUGUGGCAUUCACUCAGAGACCUGGAACCUUUACUCCUAUUAUUGUCCUCGCGCAAAAGAGACCGACAAAUGAUCCAACAGAUGAAGAAUGGAUGCGCUUCGACCUCUAUGCCAGAUAUAUUCGACGCGUCGAGAGUAUUGGCCCAGGAGACCACGACGACUUGGUGGACUGGGGACAGUUCUUUCCACGCUACAACCGUGAUACGCCAAUCCUUCCUCGUCUCGUCCAUCUUGGCGUCCUCAACAUCUAUCUCCCCUUCCCAAUCAUAUCAGCCCUGUUCCCACAUACUCUCGAGAGUGUCUGUCUCUCAGGGUAUUCCGGCUCGCUGGGAACAUCCGGGUUUAGGUACCCAUUGCGCAACGCACUGGCUACACUCUCCGCGACUGCAUGCAAUAUCAGGAAGAUCCGUGUUGCAUACUUUGGUAAACCCAUCGGCGAGCAGCUGAAGCCUCUGCAGAAAUUCAAGUCGCUGAACAAGCUGGACAUCGGGUGCUCGGACAGCAUCAAGGAUUUGGUGACGCUCGGUCCCAUCGCGAGUCUCCGCUGCCUCUCCCUCACAGGCUUUCACUUCCCUCUCGACCUCGACUACCACAUCUUUGGUGACCGGUUCCAGAGCCUGGAAUACCUCACCAUUGAUGCCGAUGCUACGACAAUUGGUGGUGUGGCAAGGUUCAUACAAGCCGUAUCUUUUCCCCACCUGCGCCGCUUUGAUGUCAAGGUUGAGGUGGAGUCUUCCCCAGAGCAUCCAGAUCUCCCCAACUUUCACCUGCACAUCGCCAAACACAUCUUUGACGUCUUCGCACCUAUGCCUUCAACUAUACAGCACGUUUCCUGCUCAUUAUUUACCAUCGAGCACCCUCAACUGACCACUACGAUCAAUAUUCACCCCUGCUUCGUCAAACCGAUACUCCAUCUGCGCAACCUCACGUCUGUCAAGAUCGGCUGCGAAACCCAAUACACAGCGUACACCCUUGACGACGCUUCUCUGGCUGCCAUGGCCGCCGCCUGGCCGCUCCUCCAAACACUCGAGAUAUCCCCGUCGAGCGAAAUCACUUCGGAGAACUGGCACCCGUCCGCUGUGCAACCGACCGUCCGCGGGCUCGCGGUCUUCGCGGAGCGCUGUCCUUCUCUGAAGACGCUGCUCAUCAAGACGCUCAUCGAGGUCGACAACCUACCCUCGACCGUCGCCGAUAUGCCACCUCCGUCGGGGCAUCGACUCAAGCGCCUCGUCGUCGGUCUCGAUAGGGAGCAGUACGACGACGCCACGUGUCUGCGUCUCGCGCUGUACGUCGACGCGUUGUUUCCGAACAUUCAAGACUUGCCGCACCCUCUACGCGCCGGGCCGCUGACUUGGUGGGAGUACCAGUCACGCGUUUCGAACCCGUUUGGAGUAGAGGUCAGCAAUAUGCUCUUCGCGAUUCACCUCGGGAGAAGGAGCGCGGAGACGGGGCGUGCGAAACAUGUGGCGGCCGAGUAG